AUGGCGACGAAAAAGCUUGUUGUUGCCGGUGGAAAUGGGUUCUUAGGUACUUGCGCCGCGCUCGUCGAGAUAAACUGUGCUAAUGGACCUGGCCAUGCUCAGGGUCAAGGAUAUGCAAAUCAGCAGUCGCAAGAGGCUGGUCUUCGAUCGGGAGAACCACGAUGGGAUGCCGUCACAAGCUCUUCCCAGCGUCCUGGUUGGGCAAAGUCGGUGGAAUGGGCUAAAGCCGACAUCCUAAAGCCAGAGACGUACAAGCCUGCUUUGAAAGAUGCGACCGCGGUGGUACACAGCAUGGGUAUUCUUCUUGAAGCCGAUUACAAGGGCGUGGUACAAGGGCGGGAACCGAUCAUAUCCGGCUUACGAAAGGCCUUCAGCUCCUCGAAACGCGGGAGCCAGAAUCCUCUUCAAAGGCAAGAGGGCGAGGCGCUCAAGGCGCAGGAAAGGGAUGGCCAGUUUACAUAUGAGCUUAUGAACAGGGAUUCCGGUAUGUACCAAGGUGGGACUGUGGCAAAACGCAAGGCUAACAUGUUCGGGAAUGAUAAAGCUAUCGCUUUGGCGCAGGAGUCCUUGAAUGAGCACGCCUCGACAUUCCUCUAUAUAUCCGCCUCAUCGGGUGCCCCGAUGCUUCCGAGCAGGUACAUCACAACCAAGCGAGAAGCGGAAACAACAAUAGCCUCCCAACUCCCAGAAUUGCGAUCUGUAUUCGUGCGCCCUCCGUUCAUGUACGACUCGAGCAGGAAGUUUACCUUGCCUAUAGCGCUUGGUGGCUUCGUUGCAUCGCAGUUCAAUGCGCUCGUGGGUAACAGGCUGGACUUCUUCGGAUCGAUGGUGGAUAAGCCGUUCCAAGUUGACAUGGUAGGCGAGGCGGUGGUCGAAGCGUUGGAAGAUCCGUCUGUGAGCGGGCCCGUCGGACCAAGGAAGAUCGAGGCUUUGGCCACUAAAGCGUGGAGAAAGAGUAUGCUGUGA